ACUAAAGUCCAAUUUCAAACCACUGGCUCUCCAAUUUACACACAAAUAUCCCUUCCUUCACAAGCACAAUAUAAGCCAUUAGAGCCAUCUAUCUCAAGCUCCAACAAGAGGCUAAAAACAAAGCAAAAGAAUCUCUACCUUCAUUAUAUUCACACAACAAAAUCACAGAGAGCAUAACCAAAAAAUGGCUACUUCACUUUCUACAACUGGGUGUGUUGGUUCUUCCUUCUAUGGAAGUUGGGGCACUUCAAUUGUUGGUGAGGACUACACCUUGUUGGCCAAGUCAGUGCCGUCACAGGUUCGCAUCGGAAGGGGAAAGCCAGUGAGAUUGCAGCCAAUGAUGAAGAAUAUCAAUGAAGGGAAGGGUAUCUUUGCACCUCUUGUUGUGGUCACUCGAAACAUUGUUGGCAAGAAGCGUUUCAACCAGCUUAGAGGCAAAGCAAUUGCUCUGCACUCUCAGGUAAUCACGGAAUUUUGCAAAUCAAUAGGAGCAGAUGGAAAACAGAGACAAGGGUUGAUCAGGUUGGCUAAGAAGAAUGGAGAAUGGCUUGGGUUUCUUGCAUGAUAGAUUAGCAAAAUGUUCCUCAUAUUUUGUAAUUACCAUGUGAGAAAGUAUCAAGUUUGAACUUGGUGGUUUUCAAUUGACAGAAGAAUGUAAACUAGGAACAAAUCUCUCUCUAGUUGUGACUUUUCAUUCUCAAGUAUUGUUCUCUUAUUUUGUCCUCUAGAUACAUGAAGUAUAUUAUAAAACCAGAGGUGAUCUACA